UUGUGAUGUUGCAGAAAUCCGGCCUUGGAAUUGUAAACUAACACGCGGCUCUGCUGCCCGAGACCUUUAGUGCAGCUGCUGAGGGCGGGGGCGAGUCCACGCCGUCCAGUCAUUGCUGGAGCUCAUUGCACGGGAACUGCUCCUAAAUAAUUUCUGCUCAGCUAUGUCGCCACUUUCAGCUGCAGCCCAGGUUCCUACGUUGGUCUCGCUGUUUGACCUCAACGCGGAUGCUCCGGUCCUUCAGGGCCUGAACUUGGUGAGCCACCCUUCUGGGGAGGCUCUGGCCCAGGCUCCGCGGACUUCCUGUCCAGGUUCAGGGGAGAGAACAAGCCCAGGAAGAAAACUCCAGGGUCAGCUGGAUGUUUCAGAAAAGUUAUUUUGUUCAGCCUGUGACCAGGCCUUCCACAACCACCAGGAACAGAGAGAACAUUAUAAGCUUGACUGGCAUCGGUUUAACCUUAAGCAACGUCUCAAGGACAAGCCUCUCCUGUCUGCCCUGGACUUUGAAAAGCAGAGCUCCACAGGAGAUCUUUCCAGCAUCUCGGGAUCAGAAGACUCAGACUCAGCCAGUGAUGAGGACUUGCAGAUACUGGACGAGGAGACGGCUGAGUCUGAGAAGCCUGGUGGACCCCAAGGCUUCCACCCCAAUCGGGUUCUUUUCCAGAAUGCCCGGGGCCAGUUUCUUGAUGCCUACCGCUGUGUCCUAGGCCCUCGCCAGGUGUCCCCAGCAGAACCAGAACUGCUGCUACAGAACCUGCAAAACGGAGGUCCCAGAUACUGUGUAGUGCUUAUGGCCACAGCGGGGCACUUUGCUGGUGCUAUUUUUCAAGGAAGAGACGUGGUGACGCACAAGACCUUUCACCGCUACACGGUGCGGGCCAAGCGGGGCACGGCUCAGGGAGUUCGGGAUGCCCGGGGUGGGACUUCUCGUUCUGCUGGAGCCAACCUGAGGCGCUAUAAUGAAGCCACAUUAUAUAAGGAGGUCCGGGACCUGCUGGCGGGGCCAGGCUGGGCUAAAGCACUGGGGGAGGCUGGCACAAUACUGCUGCAUGCCCCCCGCUCUGGCCGGUCCCUGUUCUUCGGAGGCCGUGGUGCACCCCUGCAACGGGGGGACCCCCGGCUUUGGGAUAUCCCCCUCGCUACCCGCCGACCCACCUUCCGGGAGCUACAGCGUGUGCUCCAUAAGCUGACCACCUUGCAUGUCCAUGACGAAGAUCCCCGGGGGACAGUCAGGUGGGACUCCCCUCAGACACAUUGGAAGACCAUGAGGGAGAAGAAGGCGGCUAUCGAGGCAGAAAGAAAGAUCUCCAGUGAUGAAAAUGAGGCACUUGGGCAGAACGAGGAGUCUCCCAAACAGGGUUCAGGGUCGGAGGGAGAGGACAGCUUCCAGGUAGAGUUGGAGCUAGUAGAGAUGACGGUGGGGACCCUGGAUCUUCGGGAGUUUGAGGUAUUGCCAAAGCGGAGGAGGAGGAAAAGGAAUAAGGAGAGAAGCCGAGACCCGGAGGCUCUUCCCCAGCAAAUGCAAGAUGAGGCCUUCUCACAGUCCGCCCAGGCACAAACAGCCCCUCAGGGGCCUUCCCUGGAUGAGGCCAAGACCCCCGAUCUGUCAGAGCUCUGGGACAUGCUUCUAGCUGCUUGCCGAGCUGGAGAUGUUGGGAUGUUGAAACUCCAGCUAGCUGCCGACCCCAUAGACCCCGGAGUUCUGUCUCUGCUCAGCGCCCCUUUGGGCUCCGGGGGCUUCACGCUCCUGCACGCGGCAGCAGCAGCUGGGAGAGGCUCAGUGGUUCGCAUGCUGCUGGAGGCGGGUGCUGACCCUACCGUGCAGGACUCCAGGGCCCGGCCACCGUAUACAGUCGCAGCUGACAAGUCAACACGUAAUGAGUUCCGAAGGUUCAUGGAGAAGAAUCCAGAUGCUUAUGAUUACAGAAAGGCUCAGGUGCCAGGGCCACUAACGCCAGAAAUGGAGGCACGGCAGGCUAUGCGGAAGAGGGAGCAGAAGGCUGCCCGGCGGCAGCGGGAAGAACAGCAGCGGGAGCAGCGGGAGCAGGAGGAGCGAGAGCAAGAGGAGCGGCGGCGCUUCGCUGCCCUCACCGAUUGCGAGAAGAGAGCUCUGGCUGCAGAGCGCCGACUGGCUGCCCAGCUGGGAGCCCCGGCCCCUCAGACCCCGGCCUCUGCAGUCAUCAGUGCUCCACGCUGCUGGAGUUGUGGGACAUCCCUCCAAGGCCUCACUCCCUUUCACUAUCUCAACUUCUCUUUCUGCUCCACACGCUGCCUCUGGGAUCAUCGCUGCCAGGCUGGAAAGCCCUCUUCCUGAUCUCUUAGGGCUGCGCCUGGGGCCAACUCUGGGCCCUCAGAGGGCACAGUCACACUAGCCCUAGGUUCCUUCUUUCCCAUGAAACCAGAGUGUUUGGAAGAUUAGGGAAGACACUCAGGAACCAGGGCAAAGACAGGGCCACAGAGGUGUUGUGGAGCGGGUACUGUCUCUGCAACUUUAAUCACAAUAAAGUUUGGCAAGGAAACUGCACUUGCACUUGCA